AUGAAGCAUCGCUCACUGUUUUUCUGUCUUCCAGCGCUGCUGAUCAUGACAAUGCUCUUUGGCAUUUUGGCCUGUAUCCACGUAAACAUCGAGAGUGUAUUGCUGCUCAUUGGACAGAAUCCUAUUAUUGCGUCACUCACAGCGGAAUACAUUGCCUACUUUCUUCCCGGCCUCUUUUUUGACUUUAUGUUCAUGACGCUGGCUCGUUAUCUGGAGAGUCAGAACUUGGUUCGACCAAUGGUAAUGGCCGCCUGCGCGGGCACUGUAUUUACUGUGCUUGCCCAGUCCCUUGUGUUCCGAUGGAAUCUAGGCCUACGUGCUUCUGCCGGAUUCCUCUCCAUAUCUUUUGGGAUAAUGCUUCUUGGCGAGAUAAUUUACAUCAUUCGUUACCGUGUGUAUGUGGAGACGUGGAAUGGUGAGUCCGGUUUUAUAUCCUCCUUCUCUCUAAAAAACUUAACCUUCUGUUCUUUUCAUUUGUACUCUUGA